UUCCGGCUCAAGGCGCCUGGGGAGCCGCGGGCCUCGGUGCAGACAUGGCCAAGUCCAAGAACCACACCACACGCAACCAAUCCCGAAAAUGGCACAGAAAUGGCAUCAAGAAACCCCGAUCCCAAAGAUACGAAUCUCUUAAGGGGGUAGAUCCCAAGUUCCUAAGGAACAUGCGCUUUGCCAAGAAGCAUAACAAGAACGGCCUGAAGAAGAUCAAUGCCAAGGCUAUGAGUGCACGUGCUGAGGCUAUCAAGGCCGUUAUAAAGACCAAGACGGUCAGGGCUAACAUCCCAAAGGGCAGCAGCCGCAAGCUCAGCCGAUUUGCCUACAUAGCUCACCCCAAGCUUGGGAAACAUGCACGUGCCCGCAUCGCCAAGGGUCUCAGGCUUUCGCGGCCAAAGGGCAAGGCUCAAACCCAGGCCAAGGAUGCGGCUGCAGCACAGGUCCCCAAAGGAACACAGGCUGCCAAAGGUACCCAGGCCGCCAAAGGUGCCCAGGCUGCCAAAGGUGCCCAGGCCCCCGCAAAGCCUUAAGAAUAGAGAACACUGUCUGCCCGUGUGAGGACAGAAGGACUGGUGUCACCCCUAGGCUGCUGUCUACAGGGCACUGGUGUCUUCCUGUGCUAUUUGUACAA